CAGACGCUGAACAACCGCAAGCUCUGGCCGAAGCGAUAAAAUCGUCCUCACCAGACCCUCUUUCGUCCCAUUUUCAGCCAUUAAUUACCUCAUUCAAGAUGCCGUACAAUAUCGCCAUGGUCUCGGACUUCUUCUUCCCUCAGCCCGGAGGUGUUGAAAGCCAUAUCUACCAGCUGUCCAGUAAACUCAUCGAUCGUGGCCACAAAGUCAUCAUCAUCACACAUGCCUACGAUUCUCCUGGUCGCUGUGGUAUACGCUAUCUGACCAAUCGCAUCAAGGUAUACCAUCUGCCUCACUGGGUUGUCUACAGAUCGACCACCUUUCCCACUGUAUUCUCAUCCUUUCCCAUUCUGCGGAACAUCUUCAUACGGGAACAGAUCCAAAUUGUGCACGGCCAUGCAUCUCUCAGUAACCUGUGCCAUGAGGCCAUUCUCCAUGCUCGGACCAUGAGCCUACAUACUGUCUUCACCGAUCACAGUCUGUUCGGCUUCAGCGACGCCGGCAGUAUCAUGGCCAACAAAUUACUUAAGUUCAGCUUGAGCGAUGUUGGUCAUGUCAUCUGCGUCAGCCACACCUGCAAGGAAAACACCACCUUACGAGCGUCGUUGAAUCCGCUGGCAGUGUCUGUUAUCCCGAAUGCUGUGGUGCCUCGCGACUUCCGACCAUACUCUCCUUCAGAGGCCGAUAACUUCAAAUCACGUAGCAACAAAGAUGUCUAUUUGCCACCUCCCCCUGAUCCAAGCAAGCCUGUCGGACCUGGCGAUCCUAUCACGAUAGUGGUCAUCUCGCGCCUGUUCUACAACAAAGGCACUGAUCUGCUCAUCUCUGCACUUCCACUCUUGCUGCGCCUACAUCCCAACCUGCGCUUUAUCAUUGCUGGGAGCGGGCCCAAAGCGAUCGACCUGGAACAGACUCUCGAUAGCUUACCUCAGCAACUCGUCUAUACACCCUCAGGGCAAGCGCGAGUCACACUACUAGGCAGCAUCCGCCACGAGGAAGUCCGAGAUGUCAUGGUCCGUGGUCAUCUCCUCCUCAGCACAUCGCUCACGGAAGCUUUUGGCACCGUCCUCGUGGAAGCAGCUUCAUGUGGGCUCAUGGUCGUUGCAACCCGAGUCGGUGGCGUUCCAGAAGUCCUCCCUUCGAACAUGACAGUCUUCGUCCUGCCCGAGGUCGAAGACGUGGUCCGGGGCGUGACGGAUGCUGUCGGCAUCCUCACGUCCUCCAAGACUGUCCGGCGAGACAAAUUUCACGACCUCGUCAAGAACAUGUACAGCUGGAGCGACAUCGCACGUCGGACGGAGCGUGUCUACGACCUCAUCACCGGCACGCCGUCGGCGCCUGACAACGAGGGCUACUACGAUGACGAAUUCAAGCAUUAUGGGCAGCCUGCACAGAACUUUGUCCUCAGUUUCGCCCUGAUGGAUCGACUGAAGCGAUAUUACGGCUGUGGAGUCUGGGCGGGGAAACUGUUUGUAUUGGUAGCCAUUGUGGACUAUCUUCUCUUUUGCGUGCUGGAGAUGAUCUUUCCGCGAGAGAACAUCGACAUCUGUCCUCCUUGGCCGAGUGUCACCAAGUGUGCGCUGAAAGAUGACGAGGAACAACAGCCAUUGGAUGAGCAUCAGAGAAAACAGAGUGUCGCUAGCGCGAAUGUCAAAGCCAAGAAGAGGAGGAAAGAGUCAGGGCGUGAUGAGGAUUGAUUUUGAAGAGAAACUCCCAGAACUUCUUUAUCCAGC